GGUCACUAGCGUCACUCCCUUCGCGAUGCCGUCGACCCUCACCAAGGCCGAAUCCGAGGACUUCGCGGCGGCUAAAGCUCCGCCACAGGCCCCGCAAGUGGCGGACAAAGCGCCGUCUAAGUCGCGCAAUGGAUCUAAGCGUGACAAGCUCCGACGCUUCACCUUCAAACGACUCAGUCGCAAACACGAGGCAAUCGCAGAGAACGAGAGCGAAGACGCAGCAGUACUGGCUUCACCCGCGUCUUCAGACAGCACAAGCAGUGUAAGCACCGACACGAGCGGCUCGAAGCACCCGGUGGGGCCUCAAGACUUCGAUCUACUGUGUGUCAUCGGCCAAGGAGCUUUCGGUAAAGUGAUUCAAGUGCGACACCAGCCAACGGACGAGAUUCUGGCGAUGAAAAUUGUGUCCAACAAGUACAUCGUGCAACACAACUCGGUGUCGUAUCUGCAGGCGGAGAGGGACAUCAUGACCAAGAUCAACCACCCGUUCCUCAUUAGUCUGAGAUAUGCCUUCCAAACCAAGUCGAAUGUGUACUUGGUGAUGCCUUUUGUGGCGGGUGGGGAGCUCUUCCAUCAUCUGCACAAGGAGGGACUGCUGCUCGAAAGCUCGGCCAAGUUCUACGCUGCUGAAAUGGUACUAGCACUGGAACAUUUACACUCAAAGGGCAUCAUUCAUCGAGACUUGAAGCCUGAAAAUGUGCUGCUUGGUGCUGAUGGACACAUCCGCUUGACGGACUUUGGCCUCGCCAAAGAGAUGGCAGAUGAGGACGACUCGACGAGUACCAUGUGUGGCACGAACGAGUACAUGCCGCCGGAAAUGAUCCGUCGGAAGGCAUACAACCAGGCAGUCGACUGGUGGGCGCUUGGUGCCCUCAUCUACGAAAUGGUCACUGGUUACCCGCCAUUCAGACACAAGAACCGCAAGAAACUCCAUCAUAAAAUUCUCAACGAGAAGCUCCCUCUCCCCAAGUGGCUUGGCCCUGAUACCCACUCCAUUCUAAAGCAACUGCUGGAGCGAAAUGUGGACAAGCGUCUGGGGUCCGGCAAGUCGACGAUGUUCCAGGUGAAAGGUGUGCAGGCCAUCAAGAAGCACGCCUUCUUCAAGGGCAUUGACUGGGGGUUGUUAGAGGACAAGAAGGUGCAGCCACCUAUCGUGCCCAAUGUUCUCAGCAACACAGACACCACGUACUUCUCCGAGGAGUUUACGACCCAAGACGUAGGACGUCGCAGUCGCAUUGACAGUUCUGGCGCUAGUGGCGACUCCACAAAGCUCUUUGCACGCUUCUCGUGGGUCGCUGACGACGCCCCAAGCUUUGCGGAUAUCGUUCGUGCCGGUGGCCCAAAUGAAGACCCGGCCGACGCGGUGGCUGACGGUGUCGCGAAAGUUGCAAUUGCUGAAGACCCCAACACCCCCUAG